AUGAGCAUGGUCCUUAGAAAUCGGUAUAGUACGACAAAUGCACUCUCGCCUGAACCUACUCGUGUAACAGUUUCCGGCUGGGGCUACGAAAGCAUAUAUGAAAGAAUUGUGACCUGGUACACAUGGCACGAAAUAUUUCACCAUUUUGCAUACCAAAGUAUAGGCGGAAUUGGUUCCACUUUCUGGGGAUGUUCGCCAUUAGCUGAUUAUUUAAAUGGAAUAAAACUUCUUCCGUUUCCAUUCUGGUCUCCUUUCGAUGUGACAAAGUCACCAACCUACGAAAUCAUUUGGUUGCACCAGGCAGUUACUUUUAUUCUUUGUUGCAUCAAUAACGUGGCUAUAGAUAUUCUGAUCACAGGUUUUAUGAAUGUAGCCUCUUGCCAAUUUGAAUUACUUAAAUGCAAAAUUUCUUCAAUUGGAGAAGAUGAAAAACAUCUUAUAAAACCGACGAAAAAUCCAUCAAAAUUAUCAAAAAAUGCCGAAGACCAAAUUUAUAUGAAACUAUGUGAUUGCGUUCGACACAAUAUUGCUAUAUUUGAGUUUGUUGCAGAAAUUCAAGGCAUCUUUAGCACUGUAAUAUGUAUGCAACUGUUUCUUAACUGCCUCAUCAUUUGCCUAACAACAUUUCGUGUAACGCAGAUGACUACAUAUUUUACUACAGAAGUGGCUGGGAAUCUCGUAUACACAUGUUGCAUGACAUAUCAAAUUUUUAUUUAUGCUUGGCACGGCAAUGAAUUGUACCUUCAUAAUGAAAAUAUCUCAUUGGCAAUCUACAUGGGAAAUUGGUGGAAAUUUGGAGAACGAAUUAAACAUGCUUUAAGAAUAAUGAUGCUGAGAACUUAUCGGCCUCUUUAUAUAACAACUUGGUUUUCAGUGAAAUUAUCGUUAUCUUUAUUUGUCGCAAUAUUACAAAUGUCCUAUACCAUAUUUGCUUUUCUUCGAAGCAGCGCAGACAAUACUUAAUUUUAAGAAACAUUUG